CUCAAUGCCUUCACUGAAACAUUAUAAGGGGAAAUUGCGACGCGAUUUCUUCGGCGACAUCGCCGGACUCAUUGGUGUACAUGGCAAAAACUGGGCGCUAUUCCGUCAAGAGGUACAACAAAUACUACUACAACCGCAAACGGCUAAACAGUAUGUGCCGCCAUUAAAUGAAAUUGCCAGUGAAUUUAUGCAGAG